CCCUCGAGCACUGCCUCACCCACUCCCCCAAGUCUGGCCCCCCGGCGAUUACAGCGGCGAGUCCUUCCGGCGAUUGGAGCGGCAGCGAGUGGCGCGGGAGUGCGGCGGAGAGGAUGCGGGAGGGUUGCGUCCGUGCGAUAGGGCGACGCAUGCCGGGCACCACGCCGCGCCUGCGGGAGGAGGCGGCGGCGAGGAUGCGUCCGGCGGGAGGGAGCUCCUCCUGCACGUCCAGGGCACCGUCCGGCACCGCGAGUGCGCCCAAGCCGCAUCUGGGAGUGCGAGCAGCGUGGCGCUGCCGGUCGCGCCCGCCACCGACAUCCUGCCGCGGCGGUGUGGUCGGCGGGGACCCGUUCGCGGCGUCGCUUUGUCGGGUCGCGCGAGUACGACGGCGAGGAUGUGGAUGGCUGCAUCGGGCGGCUACGUAGCCGGUAGAUAUGGAGGCGACCGCGGCACUCGAGAAGAGGGAGCGGCUAGUGAUUGGGCCAAGGUCUGGGUCCUCCCGUCGUCGCACACGGUCGCUGAGGAGAGUCGACGGCUAUGGAGGACGUCGAGUGGCGGUGGCAGCCGCUCCCGCUUCUGCUCCGAGUGUAUCAAUGGCGUCGUCAGCCGUCGACCCCUCCAUUUGGGGCUUGCUCGAGGAAUAAGGCCUGCAGGGCCUGGUGCGUGGGUUGUUCGGGCUGGGGCGUUCUCCUCCCGAACUGAGUUGUUCGAUCGAUGCCCCUCUUGUCCCGAACGUUCGGACUGGGAGCACCCCAGACUGAACGGUCGGGAGUUCUCGACGUCCACAAAAUAAGGCACAACCCCACCUUCUUAAAAUCAAGGGGAAAAUGAUUAGAUUAAAAAAAAAGACAACCAUAGGAUGAAGUGGGAGCACGGAUAGGAGCAUGGGAAGGGAGCAGGCAAGCCGGAUCCGGCUAGACGGCGACGUGGAACCGAAAAGGGCGGCCUCCUCCACAACGUGGCACCUCUCAUCCACGCAAAGGACACGUGCGCGCGCCUGGAAAGAGUACGUGUCGCUCGGGCCUCUUCGCGAGGUGAUCCUGCUCUGCUAGUCGGCAGCAGCUCAUUUGCGCGGGCCAUACCUGCCGGCACCAUCAAAAGAUUUGGAAGCCGCUUUUGGAUUAGUUAAUUGCGAAUUACGACGACUCAGGUUGGAUUUUGACAGGGAAAUCAACGCGGCGAUCUUUACUACUAGUAGUGUAGUCUGGUGGUGCAGAGAUUGUGCGAGGAGCAGAGCAGCGUGACCAUGGAGACCCAGCAGGAGCCGACCAAAGCGGGCGAGCCGGCCGGCGGCGGCGCCGGAGUUCUCGAGAAUGGACCUCCGGCGCCAUCAACAGCACAGCAAGGACCUGCAGCCCCUCCGGGUUCAGCAACUGACAGAGAUGCGGUGCUUGCCAAGGUGGAGAUGAAUCGGAAACUGUCCAUGGUUAAGGCGUGGGAGGAGAACCAGAAGAGCAAGGCCGACAACAGGGCCGAGCACAAGAUGUCGUCUAUCCUAUCAUGGGAGAAUACCAAGAAGGCCGCGGUCGAAGCCAAGCUCCGAACACGGGAGGAGAAGCUGGAGAAGAAGAAGGCGGAGUACGCGGAGCAGAUGCGGAACCGGGUCGCCAUGAUCCACAAGGAGGCGGAGGAGCAGCGGGCCCUCGUGGAGGCGAGGCGGCAGGAGGAGAUGAUCAAAUACCAGGAGACGGCGGCCAAGCACCGCUCCAAAGGGACCACGCCCGCCAAGAAGUUCCUCACCUGUUUCGGAUGAGCAGCCAGCCAGCCAGCCAGCCACUGAAACAUAAUCAUAGUGAAAGUUGUGAAGUAGCUCACCUAAAAGACGUGCUCUCUCUACUGCUCUUGCUCUCUUCUUUUGGAACAUCGAUCAUAAGCUUGGAUCGUGCACUGAUGUGUCAUAUCCGGGAGAUGCACUGCUAGUUCUUUUUUAGUGUGACUGCGUGAUGCACAUACAUAAUGUUGCGACGCUUGUUCUGUUUCGGUUUGUGGGAUGUCAUGUAAGGUGUGUAAGUAAACGGUACUCAGAUUUGAGAAAAUGUCAAGAAAUGUUUCCUAAGAA